AUGUCGGCAACAUCAGAAACAACUGCCAGCAACCAACUAAACGAGCAACCAAUCCGAAUCAGAGGUAUGGGCCCAUUUCAAGUAUCACCCUCAAUUUGGCUGACUCCUAUUGUCGUUUCGGAUGCUACAGAACAGAACCGGAUCUUCAACCUCAACGACAGCUUCUACAAGGGACUCUGCUCAGCCGGUGUAACUUUCCCGUUCCUGAUGGAAGAAUCUAUUGGAUUUGUCAAGCGGAUAGAGGAGAAGCGGGUCGAGGAAGGGAUCUGUUAUGUGUGGGCGAUUCGAACGGAGGUGGAUGGGCCUAUGAUUGGGUUGUUGGCGUUGGAUCCGUUCGAUCAUGAGGAUAUUUACCCUUGUCUCCGAAGCAAGGAACCUAUUGCCAAGGCCAAGAAAGCAGAGACGAUCCACGAUGGGAGUGAGGAGGAGGACGUAUUGAGUUGCGGUGGGCUUGGGUACUGGUUAUCCCCUGAGCAUGGAGGAAAGGGGGUCAUGACGGAGGUGGUUGAUUUUGCGCUGACCAAGAUGGCGAAACAGGAGUUUGGAUAUGAUCGAGUCCAUGGGGAGGCCUGGACGGACAAUGUGGGCAGUCGGAGGGUGAUGGAGCGGGCAGGGAUGCGUCCUGCGGUUGGUGUGCCUGUCUUUGUGCCCAAGUUUGAUGCUUUCAAGGAUAUUGCGCAUUACAUUUAUGAUACUCAGGAGUUUCCAUAA